AUGCUGGAAACCAUCAACUCUCUUCCUGCUGUCUUGCAACCAUGGCUCACCUGGUUAUCUGCCCUCACUCUCGGUCAGAUAUGGAAGAUCCUUUAUAACCCACCUAACAAGGUGAACCUCACUAUCGCUUUUCUGGUGAUUUCAUACAGGCUGCCUUUCUACCUCAAGAGGUAUAGAAUAUGGAGGGAUAGUAAGAAAGUGGUAGACUUCCAUUGGCCAGUACCAAAGGAAGCAGAUAGAGAAUGGAAAGGAACAGUCAUCGACCAUCCAUCUUUGUUCGCUCAUCUGAAAGACUCUACGUUAUUCCCGCCCGAGAGUGGAAAUACGGGUGGGGAAAGGGAACAUAUAACUUGUUAUGAUCCUUCCACGGGACACCACCUCCUCACUCUUCCUCUUCUAUCAGCUUCGGAAGUUUCUGAUCAAAUCACCAAAGCCCAUUCAGCUCAGAAAGGCUGGGCCAAAACUACUUUUGCUCAACGUAUAUCUUUGUUGAGAAGCUUGAAAGCGUGGGUAUUGAGGGAUAUGGAAGAUAUAGUCCGAGUGGCUUGUAGAGAUACGGGUAAAACAGAGGUCGAUGCUGUAUUUGGAGAAAUACUCACUACGCUAUCCAAACUUGAUUGGCUGAUUAAACAUGGUGAGAAGACUAUUUCACCAACGGCCAGACCUGGAAACCUCCUUUUAGCUCAUAAAAUAUCCAAGGUCCACUUUUCUCCCCUCGGUACUGUCCUAGCUCUAGUAUCAUGGAACUACUCCUUCCACAACCUGAUCUCACCGAUCCUCCCUGCGCUCUUCGCUGGAAAUACAAUAGUAGUGAAAUGUUCCGAACAAGUCGCAUGGAGUAGUCUAUGGUUCAUAGGGGGUAUCAAAGCUUGUCUUAGAGCUUGUGGACUGAAUGAAGAUGUCGUUCAGCUGGUUAUUUGUCUGCCAGACGUAGCGGAGACGGUGACCAGGAAUAAGCUGAUCAAACAUAUCACGUUCAUCGGGUCAGAACCUGUUGGAAAGAAGGUUGCCUUAGCCGCUGCUGAGAUCAUGGUACCUACCUGCAUCGAAUUAGGAGGCAAGGAUUGCGCUUUCAUCUUGCCCGAAACGGACCUAGAUUUCUUCUCGAGCACAUGGAUGAGAGGUGCUUUCCAAUCAGCUGGCCAAAAUUGCAUAGGAAUCGAAUUAUUCCUCGUACACCGAUCGCAAUACUGUCGAUUCAUCGAAAUCAUGGAACCUCGAGUCAAAGCGCUUCGACCCGGUAUCGACGUAGGAUCGCUCAUCUCCCAUGCUCCAUUCAACAAAUUGGGAUCUAUCCUUGCUUCAGCUGAGAAGAGUGGAGCGAGGAUCUUGGCAGGUGGGAAACCAUAUGUAUAUCCCACUUACCCCCAGGCAUCAUACUUCGAACCUACCUUAGUGGUAGACGUGAAUAUGGACAUGGACAUUGCGCAAGAAGAGCUAUUCGCACCAGUGAUGACGGUUGUACCGUAUGAUGAUGUUGACGAAGCUAUCGAUUGGCUCAACGAGAGUCGAUAUGGAUUGGGGGCGGGAGUUUAUGGUAAAGAUAAGGGAGAAUGUAGGAGGGUAGCUGAGAGGCUGGAGUGUGGGAUGGGCGUCUUCUACCUCAAUCAGGCUAUGCCUUUUGGAGGUGUCAAAGCUUCAGGACACGGUAGAUUCGGCGGUGAAGAAGGUCUUAGAUCAUUAUGUUCCGUGAAAUCAAUAACGGAAGAUAGGUUCUUUUCGUACAUCAAAACGAGUAUACCUCCUCCUGUUGACUUCCCGAUACCCGAUCCUAAGAAAGCUUGGGGCUUCUUAGUGGGUUUGGUCAAUUUGGCUUAUGCUAGGACACUUUGGGGUAGGGCGAAAGGGUUGGGUGGGUUGUUGAAAGGAUUGACGUGA